CGGGGCUGCACCGGAGGCGGCUGCGGCGGGAGCGGGCGGAGGAGCCGUCGGCGCCGCUCCGGUCCCGGGGCCUGGAGCCGGGACGGGGGGGACCCCCGGCCCUGGAGCCCUGCCCUCCGCAGCAUGCACCCGGCGGGGGUGUGCGCCGCCUCCCUGGGCUCCCUGGGGCUGCUGCGCUUCCUCGGCGCCCCGUGGCCCUGGAGCCUGGCCGCCACGCUCGGUGUCUGCCUGGGCGGCGGGGGAUGGCGGCUGCUGCGGCUGUUCUACAGGACGGCCCCGCGGGAUCUCUUCGGCCUCUCAGUGCUGUUACGUGUCAAGUACAAGCUGCGAAAGUAUCAGAAAGCCAAAAGCACCGUCCCCAAGAUGUUCCAGGAGGUUGUUCUCAGGCACCCUGACAAAGUGGCCCUGAUUUAUGAAGCCACCGGGGAGCAGUGGACCUUCAGGAGGCUGGAUGAAUACUCCAACGCCGUGGCUAACUGCUUCUACCAGCAAGGUUUCCGGAUGGGGGACGUCAUCGCCAUCUUCAUGGAGAGUCGCCCCGAGUUUGUUGGCCUCUGGCUGGGGAUGGCAAAGAUCGGCAUCGAGGCAGCUCUCAUCAACUUCAACCUGCGCCUGGAUUCUCUGGUUUACUGUGUGAGGACCUCGGGGGCCAAAGCUGUCAUCUUUGGAGGGGAGCUGUCCUCAGCAAUAUCUGAAGUGAAUGGGAUGCUGGGGAAGAACAUGGCAAAGUUCUGCUCUGGUGACUAUAACCCAGCUCUUGUUCCUGUGGAGACCAGACAUCUCGAUCCUCUCCUGAGCACCGCGUCCAAGUCAGCCCCAACUCAGAUGCCAGGCAAAGGUUUAGAUGAUCGGCUCUUCUAUAUCUACACUUCAGGAACAACAGGAAUGCCCAAAGCUGCCAUUGUGGUGCACAGCAGGUAUUACCGUAUCGCUGCCUUUGGUUACUACGCCUACAAAAUGCACCCAGACGAUGUCCUCUACAACUGCCUGCCCCUCUACCAUUCUGCAGGUAACAUCAUGGGAGUCGGGCAGUGCCUCAUCCACGGCCUCACCGUGGUGAUCAGGAAGAAGUUCUCAGCCAGUCACUUCUGGGAUGACUGUGUGAAGUACAGAUGCACGAUUAUUCAGUAUAUCGGGGAAAUCUGCAGGUAUCUCCUGAACCAGCCCGUCCGGGAGGCGGAGGCGCAGCACCGCGUGCGCCUGGCGGUGGGCAAUGGCCUGAGACCCAGCAUCUGGGAGGACUUCACCAAGCGCUUCCGAAUCAAGCAGAUCGGAGAGUUCUACGGGGCCACGGAGUGUAACUGCAGCGUCGCCAACCUGGAUGGGAAGGUUGGGGCUUGUGGUUUCAACAGUCGGAUUUUGCCCAGUUUUUAUCCCAUUCAGUUGGUGAAGGUCAAUGAGGACACGAUGGAGCUGAGCCGGGAUUCCCAGGGGCUGUGUAUUCCCUGUCGCCCAGGAGAGCCGGGAUUGCUCGUGGGGCAGAUAAACCAGCAGGAUCCCCUGCGCCGCUUCGACGGCUACGUCAACGAGAGUGCCACCAGCAAGAAGAUUGCUUCCAAUGUGCUUCGGAAAGGAGACCAGGCCUACCUGUCAGGAGAUGUUUUGGUGAUGGAUGACCUGGGAUACAUGUACUUCAGAGAUCGCAGCGGGGACACCUUCCGAUGGCGCGGGGAGAAUGUCUCCACCACCGAGGUGGAAGGAACGUUGAGCCGCGUCCUCAACCAGACGGAUGUUGCGGUGUAUGGAGUGGAAGUCCCAGGGGUGGAGGGCAAAGCUGGGAUGGCGGCUAUUGCAGAUCCCAAAGCUAAGGUCAGCCCCAACGUCCUCUACCAGGAGCUGCAGAAGGUGCUGCCUCCCUACGCCCGGCCCAUCUUUCUCCGGCUCCUACCCCAGGUUGACACCACAGGUACGUUUAAGAUCCAGAAAACCCGUUUGCAGAUGGAGGGAUUUGACCCGCACCAAACCUCGGAUCGCUUGUAUUUCCUGGAUCUAAAGUUGGGCAAAUACGUUCCUUUGGAUGAAUGCCUUUACGAAAGGAUUUGUUCUGGGAAAGCUGCUCUAUGAGCUAGUUGGAUUCAGCCCUUUUGAGGGGAAACGCACACUUAAGCUCAGAGGAACCCCUGCGAGGUCCGUCUGCCUCUCCUUAAAGCACAUUAACCCUCCCUGGGUGCGCACAGCCCCUUAACCUGCCCUUAUGCCUCUAGAGAGACUAUUGUCGUAACCACACCAGCGUAGGGAGGAGGGCGAGGGCCGUCUUUAUGGACAGAGGUUCCUGUGCCCUGCGGGGGCUUCUCCUGCGGGCUUCACUUAACCCCUUUAGCCCACUUUUAACCUCGUUGGCCUUAGGUCGCGUUUUAACCACCCGCGGCCCCUGCCCUUAGGGGAGGGGAGCACAGGGAGUGGGGGGGGGGGUGCCGCGGUGGUCGGGAAGCAGCCCCGGCGGUCACCUGAGGCCUUGUGGAGCCCGGUUCGGGGCUUGCUGUUGGUCCGUGGACGAGCGGGUACCGGAGUAAAGCCGCGUGAGCUCU